UAACGGUUACCCAGGUGACUAUAGCAAACAAUGCCGAAAAACGCGCGUGUGACACUUUGCUACGGACCUUAUGAAUCCAGUGGAGUGGUUAAACACAGGACCUUCCGCCUGCAGGGUCUCCAGGCCGCUCUGGAGGCGCGCGGGCACCAGUGCGUCUUGGAGGAAACGCGCGAGUGGAACAUGGUGGAGCUCGUGGUCAACGGGGAGCUCGUCUUCAGCUGUAACAUACAGCAGCUGGAGUUUGGUGGAGAUGGACAGCUGGACCCUGUCUGUAAAGAGGCUGUGACUGCUGUGGAGAACGCUUACUGAAGAUGACAGAAAACAAACACCCAUGUGCAUAUUUGCUAUUUUCUUAUUCAAUAACCCAGACAACAGUUACUUUUAUAUAUAAAUAAAUUUCUGCUUUUUUAUCUGA